AAUAAUCUGCAAGUCUUAGGUUUUGGGGAGAUAUCAUGUUAGUUGGGUCAAAUUCAGUGCUGGCGCCAGAUCCCGGAUCGGGACGAGCUGUCAAAUUUUUUGAGUUUUUUUUUUCUGCUGGGCUGGCUGUUGGGCUGUUGAUGGCUGCAGUUGCAGUUGGAUUGGAUCUGUGUAGAGUUUUGACUGAUGGGUUCAGGGCAUUAGGGCGUGAUUGCCUCAAGAUCCUGUCACAUUCAGAACAUAAGAUGGCUGUUUCAGUGUUUGGUAUGAUUGUGGCUGGCCGCUUGGUAAGCACGGACUUCCAGGUGGUGGAUGAGACCCACUUUGUCAUCACUGUUCAAGAGGCAGAUGACAUCAGGCACAUUGUUGUAUUUCUCACAGGAUCCCAGCCUCUCCCCAAUGACAUGGCAGCAGGAGUGUACUUCAGCUGGCCAGAGCCCAACUCACCACCAACAUGGAUCUAUCUGGGCUACCUCUCCAACAGCAAGCCAUCAGCUGUGUUUAAGGUGGCAUCGCUGAAGCGCGGCUCGGGCACCACGGCCGUGCCAUCUGGCCUGGUGCAGCAGUUCUCGCACAGCGCGCAGGUCGGCAUCGCAGUCGAGCCCGAGGUGCAGGUGGCCGGCCUGACGCCGGCGAACGCCACCGAGCCUUCCAGCGUGCCCUCCUUCGUGGAGUUCACGCAGAAGAUGCUGCAAAACUUCGUCAACUACGCGUCCAGCUUCAGCCUGACGCAGGCGCAGAUGACGCCGGCGCCCUCCGAGUGCUUCAUCGCGCUCAGCGUGGUGCAGAAGUGGUACGAGAACUUCCAGCGCCGGCUGGAGAUGAACCCCAACUUCUGGAAGUCGUGACGUCGCCGCGCGCGCCUCUCCGCACGGCUGCCUCCCGCCCGCGCCGCCGGUGAGUGGGCCCUGGCCCGUGGGUCACCGCCACGCCGGCUCGUGGCGCACUGACCAAUAGCUGCCCGUCGCGGCCCGCUGACGGUCGCACAGCAUCGGAUGUGUUUAAUGUUUGUUUUGAUGUACUUACUCUUGUGAGGUGUGCCCGCUUCUCGAUCUGAAUGCAUAAGCUGCACCAGACCGCGUGUCGCGCGUCCCUCUCAGCUCCCAGCAGUGCUCUGUGAUACAGUGUCGAUGUGCAUGGGGCUGAUUGGCAAUACAAUGGCAUUGGUAGCCUGGCACAUGCUUGGGUAGUCUAGGGUAGCCACGCCAUUAUGGCAGUGCUCCAUUAUGUUGUUGUAGUUUCGGGCCCAGGGGUAUCUAUGCCACCGAUCGCCCAGUAUCGUCACUCCUGCCAUCCUUUGGAAUUAUGUAAUUUAGGUCCUGUGGUUGAGCAGUAAAACACUGACGUUCGAGGUUCAGUUCGCACAAAAAGUUUCUCAGCUGAUGGCAUUUGUCAAUCAGGCCAUGCAGGUCCAUGCAUCGAAGCCUUUAUCGGCUAGAUUAGCAGUUCCAGUCACAUGUAUCCUUUCCUUUGAAUUCUUCUGUCAUGCCGCGUCGUUGGGUUAGGGUAAUCUUUCUAACUUUGCGUGCAGCGAAAGAGCAUUUGUUUGUGCAGUUCUAGGUGCUUUGUAAAAUACAGCGUUUUUGCCA